AUGUUUAAGUUAAAUAGGGCUGUAAAGCAGCUAGUAGUUAAAAGUGUACUGACGAGUCUUAUAGCUAUUACUUCAAUAUAAGCAAUACUCUUUUACAAGACAUUAUCCUUUGUUUUUUUGAAAGAAGAUAUCCUUAAAAAAUCUACAACUAAUGCAGUAAACCCUUUUUUAGAAGAUCAAAAGUCGUGGCUAGUAGGGACUAGUGAUGAUAAAAUGCUCUUUAUAGUCAUAGAUACUUUAGGUUAUUAUUUGGCAAAACCUAAUUUGUCUAUUUUAAGCUAGAUUUAGGAAAAAGAACCUAACAAUACCAUUUAUUUAAAAGCAAAAACUGAUAGUCUCACUGUCACCGGUCCUCGUUUGUUAUCAUUGAUGACAGGAACAAAUCCAACAAUAAUGGAUUUGAUAUAAAAUGUAGAGCACUCAGAGGAGAUAAAAAUAGAUAAUAUACCUUCAAAAAUGAAAGCAGCUAAUAAAACUAUCUAUUUCAUUGGCGAUGAUACUUGGGUAAAAUUAUUUCCUACUUCCUUCACAUAUUUUACUGACAUGCAAUCGUUUAACAUAUUCUCUAAUGGAAGGGAAGAUGAACAUAUGAUUAAUUAAAUUAAUAAAUGGCUUGAUAAAGAAAAUAAUAACGAAGAUCCUGUAGAUAUGAUAAUAUCUCAUUUUUUAGGAAUGGAUCAUAUAAUACAUUCUACUAAUGAUAUUCAUAGUAGUAAUUUGGCAUAAGAAUAUGAUCUGUUCAAUAAAUUUAUAGAAGAUUUGAUAAAUAAUCAACCAAAUAGAACUAUUGUUAUUUGCAGUGAUCAUGGUGUUAGUCUUAGAGCAAGUCAUGGGGGUGACUCUUAAGAAGAGACUGAAACUUUCUUUUUUGUCUAUAGAAAAAAAGGUUUUGCAAAAAACUAACCUAUUACUUAAUAAUUAAUGGCAGACAUUCCAAAUUAUCCAAUAAAUAACCUUCUUUCCAGAGUACAGUGCAAUUAGUCAGAUAAAAAAUAAUAAUGCGGUUAAUUUGAGGGGAUGCUUUAGGUUGAUGUAGCAAUAAAUCUAUCAAAUAUAUUAGGAUUAUCUAUUCCAUACUCAAGUUUAGGAAUGGUAUGGCCCAUUUUCAAUAAUCAAUACAAGGAAGGUGAUACAGAAGAAGAAAGUAAAUUUAAAGACACUGUUGCCAGAAACACUUAUACAGCUUUAAAAUAGUAGAUAAGCUAUGUAAUGGAAAAUUAAGUAUAUAAAGAUAAGAUUGGAGAAAAAAAUAUUUUUAAUUUCUUAUCAUAAGAAAAAGUAAUUGAUGAAUUGUACAAAGAAUUUUUAAAAGAUAAUACUGUACAAAAAUUGAAAAUAUUGUUUGAGAAAUGUUUUGAUUUAAAUGAAUAUAGAUAAAUGAGUAUAUUGAGAAUUCAAAUGAUGAAACCUAGGAAAUAGAUUAAAUUAAUUUGA